AAUGUCGUACUUAGAAAGAGAGAAAGUCCCUUGUUUAAUGCAGCCGCUUGUAAUCGACGUUGGGCCCAAUUCAGAGCUGAUUGCGCGUCCUGGUCAACAGGCGAAGGUGUAUUUUGAAGUGACAAAUAAUCAAGACCAAGUAGUACUCGUGUCAUUUAGGUGUGAAGACGAAAAAACUUUAUUGGUGGACAUGCAACCAAGAUCAGCGUGGUUAAACCCAAUGCAAACCGCGACUGUUACGGUGGUCACCCGGGCUCCGAGUAUGGUAACGGCAGAUUAUCGAGAUCUGAUCACCUUUACGGCCACGUCCAGUGGACGAAAGCGUAUUAAGAAAACCGCGCAAAUGUACGUCACAAACUCUAUUACAGCAGAUAACGAAGAGCCUCGCCUAACAUAUCGUUAUACAAGUGACUGCACCAACGUCUUACUAGGCGACUGUCGUGAUCGCACUUGGACAAUAGAAGUUACUGCGCAGGACGUCGAUUCUGGCCUGCUCCAGCUAACGUCGAUUCCCAAAGGAUUAUACUUUCCUAACGAUUAUAGAACCGGUACCAAGGAACCAGUGGUUGCAGUUUACGGCGCUUCUUGCUGUCAGCCCAAAAUUCAAAUAACUGCCGUUGAUCUGAUGAACAACAGAAAAACAUUUACAACUGAUGCCUAUUAUGCAGCUUUGAGUGCCGGUUCAAUAUCAGCAAUCGUCCUAGGCGCGUUGUUAUUUAUCAUUUUGGUGAUAGUAGUAAUAAUACUCUCAAUGAAGAUGUGUUGUAAAAAGAAAAAUUCAAUUGACCUUCCUGUGUACCGAAGUCCUCACGGUAACACUAGAGAAAGAUAACAUAAUCUACAACUACUGUCCGUAAUAUAAACAUAAUAAGCACACGUAAUUAGUCAUAAUAUAGAAUAAAGUACAUGUAUAAUU